AGUCGAUUUUCUUUGAGGGGAAACCACACCAAACCAGAUCCACCCACAAUACUCAUAUUAUCUCUCCAUUCACAUUCCCAAACUGCUGCUUUCCGCGGCGGACCCCGGUUUAUGCUCGACCCCCUACAACUAUCAUUCUCCUGCAAAGUUCUAUAUAUACCCAGAUGCUUCAUUAUCUCUGCACCUUAGCGCGUUUAAGUUGUCUGUUAAAUUCACAGAACAGAAUAGAGUUUUAACCUUUUCAAACUCAUAUUUUGAGUAAUGGGUAUUGCAAUUAAUGCACGCAACUGGUGGGCAGUGAGGAGGGAGGACAUGGCCAUGGCUUCCACGCCUUUUCCUCUCACUACACCCAAUUCCACUGCUCAACUCACAGCGAAGCAAAGCUCCCAAGAUGGAGUGAAAGCAGGGGCAAAGGCAGCCGCAAUUGCAUUUGUUGCAGCUGCAAUCCCCGUGAUGAUGGGAGCACGGGCUAUUCCUUGGGCAAGGGCGAAUCUCAACUAUGCUGCUCAGGCACAUAUCAUCUCUUUAGUUAGUGGAGCAGCAUACUUUAUAGUAGCAGACAAGACUAUUUUGGCAUCUGCACGAAAAAACUCGUUUGAAGGAUUAGCAAGUCAUGGGGAAGCCUCCUUCGGAUUAGCAAGUCAUGGGGAAGCCUCCUUCUGAACGGUUCUGUAAAUGUAUAUUGAACCUUCAAGAAUGGCGGGGUAAUGCUUAGGAGUUCAGAAUGUGUAGAAAGGAAAAGCUUCCCAUUUUCCUCUAAAUCGGAAGAACGAUGGUAAAAAUGCUAUAUAAUUAUUCAAGACCAUUUGACCCUAUAUGGAAUAUGGCAUGUGUUUGAAGAA